AUGGAGGCUCUUUCGCACUCUGUCUGCCGGAGCUGCCGCACGAGAUUCGUUAGCGGCGUCAAUCCUUCAUCACGACCCUUCAGUAGCACGACGACUUCGCGUGCCAUUCCACCCGAGUCUCCGCUCUUCGUCGAUGUCCCACGGUCCUUCCAACCCGACCUUCGGCGCCGGCCUAUCCAGAAAGGCUACCUACCUACGCCCAAGCAAAUCUUCCCACGUAGUCGACCUGAGAAGCUCACUUCAGAAUACGCCCUCGCCGCUACACCAUUGCCCAAGAACCCAGUCGACCUCAAUGAUCCUUCCCUCUCCGAACAUGCGCGCUAUAAAGCCCGUAUGGCCGAUCUGCGCAGAUCUCACCUUCGCAGCGGCCUCUCCGAGCUGCAGGUCCGCAAAACUUCUCUCGACAAGCGCACGCAGCUGCGCUCGCAGAUGAAGCGAGCCGAGUCCGAGCGCCUGGUCCACCAGGCUCCGCGUGAAGAUGAGCGGCUCACCAAUGCUUCCAUUCCGGCUUCUAUGAGCCCGGACAUCAAGCACCACUUCUCCCCGGCAGAGGCCCUGGCCCUGCAUGAGCAGAAAAUGCAGAACGUGGCGAGAGCCGCGUCCCAGAAAGUGGCGGAGCGUACUGACCAGCUGCACACAUUGUACGUCAACGCGAAGAACUUCAUCACGAGCGAGGAGCAGCUGCUCGAGGCCGUCAAGCGGGAGUUUGCGCCCGACCGCUUUGGACAUAAUAAUAAGAGCAUGUGGGACAAGAGGAGCGAUACCGGAGCGCACAACCAGAGAUUCAGCAAGGUGGGUCCGGAGGGCAUCCAGGACAUGUUGCUGGGCCAGGGAGUCUCGGGCGGCACAACUGAGCCCAGGGGCGCCCUUAGGGAUGCAUUGGCGAGAAACGAUGCUGAGAGGAUGAAGAAGAUUGGUGAGAAGUUGAGUGGUGGUAAGAUCUAG